AUGACAAAGGAUAGUCCGCAUCGACAUAUCGAGGAGCAGCAUCUUUAUUGGCGGCUUGGAUAUCAAUGUCAAAACAUCCACUGUCUUUCCAACAAAUAUGAAAUUGUUCCAGUUAUAUGUGGCGCAUCUGAUUGGGAGGAAAUAGGGUGUACCAAAGAAAUUUUGGCAGGCCAUCCGCUUGUUACAGGUGGUCGACGAGUACUGGUGCCUCUAAUGAUUGGAAUCGACGAAAUGAAAUUGAUGGACAAUCUAUAUACAUGUCAAUGGGUCAACGAACACGGAAAGGACCUUCCUGCUAUCAUACGUCCCAAACGCAAUCACAUGACAAUCGCGAGGCAUCCACAUAAUAGUCGUGCUUUACCAUGGACGCUAGAAAUCUGUACUGAAUCGCAGAAGAUUAGCCUGCAUAACAAUCUGCUGGCGUUGCUUUCUCCAAGCCAGUGGAUUCACCCAGUCUUAAAUAAUGCACCUACAGGAAAUAUUUUGGUCUUGAAACAGGACAAUAUACAUGCCGACCAAGUUGAAGACGUGAACGGUGCUGAUAUUGGGCUGAUUAUGGAUGUAUUGAUAAGCGCUGUUGCAAAUGGGAAAUCGGUUUUCGCAGGGGGAGAACGUCAUCGACGUCACUAUCUUAACUUCGGUUCCAAAUGGGAGUUCGAUGAUGGAUAG